AUGAAUUUUGAAGAAUUUCUGGAGUGGAUUCACAGGGAGCCAGAGAAACUGACAGGAGCGGCGAAGAGGAAGAAGAAAAUGAGACCAGCGGACCACUUGCACAACAGAUUGAUUGAUUUGCGGAAAGAGAUGGAGAAAAGAAACGUCAGCGAAGAGGACAAAAUGAGAGAAUAUCGGCGUCAAUUCGACAAUUAUAGCGCUUGUUCGGAGCACUUCAGUAGAGUCUACAAUUCGGCACCUGUUUUUCAUCAACAUCCAGAUCCCGACGGUUUCGUUCCGCCGCGAACGCCAUCUCCGAAAAAUAAGCGAAGACGAAAACAUAAGAAAAUGCAAAACUGCAAAAUUGAAGCAACAAUCGACAUCACAGAUGAUCAGCCAAAAAUCGAACCAGCUGCUGAAAAGAAGGCCGAACCAGAAAAAGAACCAAAGAAAGAAGAAAAUGAACCGAAGAAAGAAAUCAAAGAAAGAGGCCGAAAGCGGAAUCUUCGAAAAAGGGAUGAAAAACCGGAGGAACCAGAAUUGACGGAAACAGAAAAGAUCUUGAACAAAGUCCGAGAGCACUUUGCAAGUUUGAAUCCACGAAGAGAAGAAAAACUCGACGAAAAUAUUCCCGAAUUUUCUGGACUGGUCAUAACUCCACAGCUUGAAGCGCGAGAAGACGAAAUUCCCGGAUUCGAAGCUGAGCUUGAAAUGAGUCACGUGGAAAUCGAAGCAAUGAAGAACGAAGUCGAAGAUGACGGGUAUGAAGUUCCCUCUCCUUCUGGAAUCAAUUCUCGAGCGUUUUUGGAGGAGGAUUCCGAGUCUGAUGAGGACGAAGUGGAAGAACCGGCUGGUGGAAAAAUUGGGCCGCUGGAAGAUCAGCCGGAAAAUGAGCACAUUUUGAGAGAGCUCAAAAGAAACCAAGAACGGCUUUCUUUGAUGGCAAAUGAAGUGAAAGAAAUCGAAGACAUCAAGAACAUCAGCCUUGAAGAUAAACCAGAGCUUCCCUGA